CGAGAUGAAGCGUCCCGGUUGAGGUCAACGGGCUAGAUAGACUCUGUUGCCGUCGCGAUCUCCUUCUUUCACCAACACUACUGUACUUCUCAGGAAAUACCAUGACGACGACGACGACGACGACAUAUUACGCGCCUUUGAUUGCUCCGUCUGAGGCAUCGCGAUACGCAAAUCCGCUCCGAACUAUGCUCGUCGUCGUACCAGAGCAGGCCGACCCCGAUGAACCUACCAAGCUCGUGCAAGCUGCUAUCAAGGCUUACGGCGGACGGGCGAUUGGCCUGAUGCAUCUUGACGUGCCGAAGAUUAUAAGGACCGACAUGGACCUCGUGAAAGUCAUCUCAGGCUUGCCUCAGAAAGCAAACUACAACAGUACAGAAACAAAUUGGACGGUAGUAUUUCGUCACAGCAGAAACGAGAAAUGGACAUGGUUCAUCACAAAAUGGAUGAGGGCGGGUGGGUGCGUUAUGGAAGACGAUGUUCGUGAAAUUUACGACGACAGGCGAGAUUCUGGUAUUUCUCUGGACCUAGUGGUCGAGUUGGGCAGGGUUACGCGAUAAAGAGAACAUGCACUUCACGACAAACCUAUCUGGUCAAGUCUUGUCUAAGCAGCGUGCUGCGCUGUCUACGUGAAAGGCAAUAUGCAAUUCACGAUGCUAGGAGGGUGAAAGUCCCCUCGAGAUUGCGGUACGUUAAUGUCUAAUGGGUUCGGAUGGAAUGGAGUUAUGGCACGCGACAAAUGGUAUUUUGGAAUUCACACGGCGAGAUUUCGUCAAUUAACUACAAUGUAAUAUUUCCAACAAAUAUAUGCUCGGCAC